CCCGCAGCCCGCGCUCGACGUGCUCGGCGCUCGGCCGGCCGCCCUGCGCACGGUGCGCGUCGCUCGCGCACGCCUGCCCCGCCGUCAUGUCGACUGCCAUGAACUUCGGCUCCAAGAGCUUCCAGCCGCGGCCCCCGGACAAGGGCAGCUUCCCGCUGGAUCACUUCGGCGAGUGUCAGCGCUUCAAGGAGAAGUUCCUGCGGUGUCUCCGGGAGAGCGGCUUCGAGAACGCCUCGUGCAGGAAGCAGUCCAAGGAGUACCUGGAGUGCCGGAUGGAGAGGCAGGCAGCUGAUGGCGCGAGAACCCCUGGAGAAGCUGGGCUUUGGAGACCUGACAGAUGGCCAGUCGGAGGCCAGGAGCCCAUUCUGAGCAGAAGCCGCCGGUCUGUCCAGGGGCCCUGGGCCGGAGGCCGGAGCCGCCUGGGCGCGCGGACGUGGGGCGAGUGCGGAGGGCGCCUCUGCGGACCUGGGGGAAGGGCUCUCCUGAGGGCUGCUCCCUGAGACUUGCAGUUCCCGGGGCUGGCGAGGUGGGUGCGGCGCCCUCCCGCUCGGGCCACCCACAGGCAGCGCGGGAGUGGGCGCCCUUGUCCUUGUGCUCGCCCUGCGCGGGCGCGGGCGCCCUUGUCCUUGUCCUCGCCCUGUGGCGCUGCUCUGCCUUUCGUUUCCGUUUGCUGACAGAGGUAGAGCACGGAGCAGGAAGGGAGGCGUCUCGCAGCCGCUGACAUGUGGUUCUGGGUCCGCGCCCCCAGGGCCUGUGACCGAGUGGUUUUCUGGUUUGAAUUGGCCCGCGCUGCCCCGUGGGCCUCUCAGCCGGCGACUGGGCACUGCAGAAUAGGAGUUCGCAGAUAAACCUGCACUGUGUCUUCUGGUCAUUUGCUCUGUGAAAACCCCCCGAGCCCCCAGCGCCUGUGGAGACGGCGCACGGGCGAGAGCGGCUAAGCCGGUGUCCGUGCUGGCUCUCGGCCACCGCUGACCACGGGGACCUUGCUGGGUCCCCACGCCACGGCAGGGCGUCUGGGUGACCUCGAUGUGUGACAGGUUUCACGCCAUGAGUGGGAUGCUCCCCACGGCACUCCGGGAGGGGCUGGCCCCGGCUUCCUGUGUGGCCACGCAGAUUGGAAGAGGGCGUGGCCAGUUCUCCACAUUUAAGUGCCUGCUCUGUUCUGUGGGGGUGGGGCCUUCUGUGGUCGGCCUCCCCCCAGUGUGCUGCAGCUGGGCUCCCCUCCACUGCCCGCCCCCCAAAUGGCCCCG